CUUGCGGUGGGCACCAUGGCGGCGGCCCUGUGUGGACGGCCGGUGGUUGGGACGCUGAGGGCAAGGGCAGUUCCGGGGGGCGGCCUGGGCCCUGGGGGCCCCCGGCGCAGCGCCUACAAAUGGGGCGUGCGCUCCACGCGCAAGCCCGAUCCGCCGCCGCUGGACCGCGUGUACGAGAUCCCGGGUGUGGAACCCGUGACGUGGGCCGGCCUCCAGCACCGGCACCCGCGUCUGGCCCAGCCAGUGUUCCCGCCGUGGGAGCGCGGCUGGGACGACCCGUGGCGGACCCGGCCAAUCCCGCGCGACACCCACCCCCUGCGGCGCGACGUGCUCUGUCACGUGGUGCACCAGCGCUCCCGCCUGCUCGAGGGUGUAAAGCAGGCGCUCUGGCUCACCAAAUCGAAGUUAAUAGAAGGCCUUCCAGAGAGGGUCCUCAGCUUGGCCGAAGCUCCGGCGAAUCAUAUCGAGAACCAGGAUGAGCAGGUCCAGAAUGCCAUCUGCCACGCACGCCUGUGGCAUUCCACCGAGGACAUCCCCAAGAGAGAGACGUACUGCCCCAUCAUUGUGGAGAAUCUAAUGCGGCUGUGUAGGAUGAAGAUCUCCCAAUAUCCUGCUCUUACCAGAAGGAUUCAAGCCAAGGACUACAUGCUCUCAACCUCGUGGCAUCGAGAAUCCAUUUUCCUUCAGAUCCGUGGUCUUAAUGGGACUCGUCUGAGUGCCAAGGAUCCUUUGCUGCCAGUCGCUUCCCAGGAAGAGAUCCAGGCUACUGAGAGUCAUGUUUUGGAGACCUUCUACCCCAUCGCUCCAACCAUUAAUCUUCAGGAAUGUGACAUUUAUGAUGUGAGAGAAGACACAGGUUUCCAUGAAGGCUACCCUUACCCCCAUCCACACACUGUGUACUUCUUGGAGUCAGCCAACAAUCGCCGAGCCCGAUUUUAUCCCGAGCAGCUCCGAGCCAAGAUGAUCAUGUUCGCCUUUGGCAAUGCCCUGGCUCAGGCCCGGACUCUGUAUGGGGAGGAGGCCCGAGUGCUGGAGCGGCCCGUUGUGGUGCAGAGCGUCGGCACGGAUGGCCGCGUCUUCCAGUUCGUGGUGUUCCAGCUGAACACGACAGACUUGGCUUCCAGCGAUGGGGUCAAGAAUCUCGUCUGGGUGGAUUCUGACCAGCUUCUCUAUCAGCAUUUCCGAUGUCUUCCUGUCAUUAAAAAGAAAGUCGUCGUGGAACCUGUUGGAAUUGUUGAUUAUCAACCUGCAACUUUCAGGAAGUUUUUAGCCAUGUACUUACAUGGCGCAGCCUGAACUCCGACCCUCAGACUGUCCCAAGACUUUGGUGGAUCCCCAUCUGGACCCCUUCUCCUGGGUGACAAUAAAGCACUAUUUAUAUCCUU